CCCUUCGAUGAGGAGGUGUACUCCAGCUCGGCUCCCCUGCGGGUCGGGUACUACGACACAGACGGCUACUUCCCCCUGCCCCCUUGCAUGCGGCGGGUGGUGCGGGAAACCGGGGGGGCUCUGCAGGCAGCCGGGCACCAGCUGGUGCCUUUUUCUCCACCUCGGAUCCACUACGUCAUGACUGAACUGUUUUUGAAGGCGUUUUUUGCUGAUGGAGGCGGUGCUUGGUUGGACCUGUUCACAGGAGGUAUUGUAGAUCCCAGCCUGAAAUCACAGGUGAAUUGCUGCAAGAUCCCGAGGUUGGGAAAGAAGCUGCUGGCUCUGAUUCUUAAACCUCUGUUUCCCCGCCUGGCUGACUAUCUGAGCGCCCUGGGGGGAUUGAGGUCAGUGAAGGAGAUGUGGAAUCAUCACCAUGAAAUAGAGGCGUACUGCACCGAGUUCAUCGCCCGGUGGAGGGAACUCCAGCUGGAUGUUGUGCUGUGCCCUGUCCUGGGGCCUGCUUUCACCCCGGGAUAUGCUGGAAAACUCCUCACCGCCAUCUCCUCCACGAUGCUGUACAACGUCUUGAACUUCCCUGCUGGGGUUGUACCCGUCAGCACGGUGACAGAAGCGGAUGAGGAAGAGCUGAAGCUUUACCGAGGAUGCUGUGAUGACCCCUGGGACCAGAUGCUGAAACAGGCUGUGGCGGGAGCCGUGGGGCUGCCGGUGGCUGUGCAGUGCGUGGCCUUGCCGUGGCAGGAGGAGUUGUGCCUCCGGUUCAUGAAGGAGGUGGAGACCCUCAGCCGUGAGAAGAGCACAGCAUAG